GAAACUAAUUAAAUUGACAGAUGCUAACACGUGUAGGCAUCAAAAUAAUCCAGCGCUUGAACUGUUUUCGAAAACUUUGUGGUAUAAAAGCGGAGUCAGAAACUGCAAAUUUCAGCAGUUGCUUUUCCAAUCCCCUAAGAUUAAUUUGCGUUACAAAAUAAUUGAGAAUAUACAUACAUACGAAAUAAUCUUAAAAUAAUGCCGCUAAGUUUAUUUAAAAUCUGCGCUUUGUUGCUUGUUUUAGCAGCAAGUUUGCAACAAAUAACUGCUCGACGAACCGUAUGCGGCCCCGCUUUGGAUGCGGUACUCAGCACACUUUGUGUGCAUGGAUUCAAUACGAAAUUUAAAAAAUCUCUAGAAUGGGAUGAACAUGGCGCCAAUGAGCUGAUAGAGGAGUUGCCAUUUCCCUAUGCGAAUUCACCUUUCUUAGGAAAGAUUCAUGGCGGCCAAGUUGACACGCUAGCCAAGACACGUCGUCGCCGUCAAGGAGUGUAUGAUGAAUGUUGCAACAAAGGAUGCAGCUACAACGAGAUUUUAUCCUAUUGCAAUCAGUAUGAAAAUCUAAGAGGCGAUGAUUGGUAAAGUUCUCGUAGCUCGGUAAUUUUUUAUUCAUAUUACUUUAAGAACAAACUUUUCCAUUUUAGUAAGAUAGUCAGUUGAGAAUGUAAUAUUGAUUAUUAAAAUGUAACCAACUAUAUAAUAAAGUUUGAGAAG